AUGGAAAGUGAAGAACAAUCAGAAGCGAACACAAAGUUAUUUGCCGAGGACCAAAGGCUGCCCUUCAUUGCUGACAUUGUGCUGAAGUCCCUCAAAGUUAAACAGGACAAGUGGCAGAAAUGUGUCUCCACCGAGGAGAACCGCCAGGUGCUGCAGGACUUUAUGGACAGAGCCGAGCAGCAGAACCUCGUGGUGUGCUUGGCCGCUGGUGGGACGCUACAGACCACCGCCAGUCUCUCCGCCAUGCCGCCAGGAACCAAGGCUGUGUACUUCACAAAGUUGGAGAAAACAGCGCUCACUGCAGAGCGAAUGAGGGAGAAAUUGACUUAUGGACUCAUGCCCUCCAACCCGCUGGAGCUCUUCUCCUCAAUAAUUGAGGUGCUGGACAGCCACACUAAAUGGCCACAGGUAGUGGAAGUGCCUGAGCAUGUUGUGCACAACGUCCACUCCCUGAAGAAUGAUGUGUUGGUGAUGUCAGGCCAAGUCCAAGGCAAGACUCUGCUGCCUCUCCCCAUGGACUUUGAGAAAGUGGAGCAAGCCGCCCUGAAGAUGGGCAAAAGGGGAAGAGUAGUGGAAAGGUGCAUCAUGCACUCCUUAGAGUCAGCGGUGAUUGAGUGGAGCCGUCAGAUCUCUGCCUUCCUGAAGAUAGACUCCUCUGGGGCUCUGCUAGAAGGCAAAAACCCCACACCGGACACAGAAGUGCUCUUCUGGAAGAACAGAUAUGUAGAUAUGAAGGGUGUCCAUUCCCAGUUAACAUCCUCUAAAGUGAACAAGAUGGGGAAGCUGUUGGAGGCUGCGGAGAGCAGCUAUUUCCCUGCUUAUAGA